UUAUCAAGGGUAUUGGCCAUUUGUGGCCCCUAUCUGUGGAUUUUUUUAUUUUAUAUUAAAUUAUUAAUUCAGUUUUUCCACAGUAUGUCCAGCCUCUUUCCGACCAUAUGGUUGCGAGUUGGAUGGUGGUUAGACUCAGGCAAAACCCAUCUUGAAGCUAAACUUCUGCCAUUGGUUGUCAUAUAUUUUGUUAUGCUUGUGGCUUGUAAUCUGAAUUGUACAUGCAUACAACCCAAAUAUUUUUCAUUCAAAAUUCUGACAUUGAUUUUCAUAUAUUCUGUUAUACUUGUGGCUUGUUAUCUGAAUUUCACUUGCAUAGAUCCCAUUUAUUUUUCGUUCAAACUUUUGCCUUUGAUUUUCAUAUAUUCUGAUAUUCUACUGGCUUGUUAUUUGAAUUUCACAUUCAUACACCCAAAUAUUUUUCAUUUUGUUUUUCCCACUUGAACUCUUAUUUGGUUUUUACUAAUAUUUUGUAGUUUUGUAGCUUAUUAGAUCCUUCCAUUGCCCAGGUUCUCUUCUAGUUGAGAUAAGAGUGAAAAAUGAUGAGAUCUUUCAUCUUGAGAGCAACCAAAAACCAAAGCAUUCCUCUUGUUCUUCAUCACUUCAAUCUUCAUAGAGGGUUGCAUAGCAGAAAUAAAAAGGCUUUGGAGUACGUAGCAAAAGGAUUCAGUGCUUUACAGGAAGUUGACCGAGUAAUCGAUCACACUGAACCGAAUGACCCUCGUCUCUUCCCUCUUCUCAGAACUGCAAAGGAGAACUUUGAAUUGGCGUUAGAGGCAGACAAUGGGAACACACAUGCAAGGUAUUGGUUGGCCAGGCUGCAUUUGAAAUACCAGGUCCCUGGGGCCUGUAAAGCAAUAGGAGCAGCUUUGCUGGUGGAACCUGCAAACAUGGGUGAUCCAGAUGCACAAUAUGAAUUAGGUUGUCAUCUAAGAGUUGAGAAUAAAAAUGCCCAGUCAGAUCAGCAAGCUUUCUAUUAUUUGGAGAAAUCAGUUGACCAGUUGCAUCCAGGUGCUUUAUACCUUCUAGGUGCUGUAUAUUUGACAGGGGACUGUGUCAAGAAAGAUAUUGCCUCUGCAUUGUGGUGUUUCCAUAGAGCAUCAGAGAAGGGACAUGCCGGUGCAGCAAUAGCAUAUGGAUCACUUCUUUUAAAAGGUGCUAAAGUCCCUGAAGCCCUAACAAAAUUUAAUUCGAAAGGAAAUCGGUCAGAAACAGUAAGAUUGGAAAAGCCUGCACCAGAUACACUUGAGGUGGCCAGCGGACAGUUCCAGAAAGCUGCAAAGGCAGGAUGUGAUCUUGGAUUUCAAUGGUUAAAAAGGCUUGAGGAUGAAGAGAACGCUUAGGUUACUGAAUAAAUCAUGUUGACAUGGUAUAGUUAUUUAACCUUGCAUAAGCUAAUUAAUCAUAGCUUUGGGCUUAAAGGCAGUGGAUAAAGAGAUCAAAAUGGGCAUAGAGCUGCUAUCAUUGUUAUUGCUUGGGUCUGAUUUUUGUUCUGUGCUUUUACAGUUAUGGUUAUGUGCAUUUGAUAAGAACAGUAAUGUAAACAUUUAAAAGCAAAGUGAUAAUUAAGUCGUCGAUGGUUCAACUUAAU